UCUCUUCCCAAAAAAACAACCUCUAAGAUGUACCUCUUUGGCGUUUUCCUGCUCUUGGUCGGCACUCACAUCUGCUUCAUCGAUGCGAACUUCGGCAGCGGAGAAGGAAAUGACUACACCUACGGCACCCAGGCAACGACGGAUACCCUCAUCGCCAGUGAGACCGUAACCAAGUCCAAGGCGUUGCUGGGAACCACCACGAAGACAUAUACUCUAACCCAGGCGGGAACUGCCAAGACCAUCACCUACAUCAAGAUCACGGAUCUAAAGAGAAUGCGUGGAGCCACUGCCGAAAUCACCUCCGGUGGAGUGGGAUCCACGACAGUCACAAUCAAAUUCACCUCCGCACGGGGAGCUGGUAUCAAGUCCCAAGUGGUGAUAUACGGAUCCUAAGUGCGUUCGAUCCACUGGGUUCUAUAUUAUUUAAUUACGAAAGAAUUGUGUUCAUUUAACAACUAGAUGAUGUUCAUCAGUGUCACGUUCAUGAAAUAAAGAUAUUUA